GCGUUUAGAAAACUUGAUAAGAUUGAAGCGUCGUGUUUUCAUUGAGGCAGAAGAGGGAAGCUAGCUUCACAUAACAAAAGAUCAUACGUCCAUAAUAUAAAAUAGUUCUAUCUAUGUUUUCGUAUCAGUAUCGAUAGUAUUUCCAUGAAUUCAACGAUUACCAUCAACGACACCGACGAAGAGGUGAUUGAUUUAGACUCAAGCCAAGAUAUCAAUAUUACUGACAAUGAUCAAAGUGAAUGUUCAAUUGAGAAAGAUUCAUUACCGAACAACAAUGCGGAUAAGAUGAACGUAACCAAUAAUUAUAUGGAUAAUAAUAAAAAUGCAUCUACAAUGGAAACUUGCGAUAGUGAGAGUUCAUCGACACCACUUUUGAAGGUUAUGUUUCGAGAUGAAAACAUUGCAUGGCAAUAUAGUAAAAGAAUAAAAGUGUUUCUAGAGGAGUUAGUAUCUUCCAAGAUUAAAUGUCAAGAAAAUGAUAAUGGUUUAACGUUAGAAGUUUGGGAUAAUGAUACUGACUCUACAAGUCAAUCUAUCGAUAUUACGACAGGGAGUGAUGAUAGUCAGGAUAUAAUAUGUGAUACAUUAUUUACUGUAGAUAAACAGCCAAGACCUGGAGAUGAAUUUGAUGUUCCAUCUUAUAGUAGGAAAUAUAUAUUAUGUGAUAAUGUGUUUGAUGAUACAAAAUUGAAAUCAAGUAAAUAUCCAGAGGGUAACUCACAAAGGUUUAUGUGUUUUAAUUGUUCGGGAAAUCAUAAUUUACGAGAUUGUACAGAACCACGAAAUUAUACUGCUAUAGAAGCAAAUCGAAAAAAUUUCAAUAUGAAAGGAAAUUCAAAAGGUGUUAGAUAUCAUUUGGAAAAUAAUCAUAGAUUUGAUCAUAUAAUCCCUGGUCAAUUAAGUAACAAUUUACGUAAUGCACUAGGUCUCAGAAGUAAUGAAUUACCUAGACAUAUAUAUAGAAUGAGGAAGCUUGGCUAUCCUCCAGGAUGGUUAGAGGAAGCACGUUUGCAACACUCUGGUUUGUCCCUAUUCAAUUCUGAUGGCAUUGCAGAAGAAGAUCCUAAUGAUGAACCAGGACAUAUCGUUGAAGAAAGAGACAGAGAUCAAUAUGAUAUAAAAAAAAUAUAUGACUUUCCUGGUUUUAAUGUACCAGCUCCACCUGGUACUUGGGAUGAGGAUGGGAAAUAUUCUGUAUCAACAAUGUUGACUUUUCAUAGCAAACAAAGAAUGUUGUCAAACUUAAAAGGAAGAAUGGCAGACGAUGGAUAUAAGAGAAAAAAACUCAAAGUUUUUAGUAAUACAUCAAAAGACAGUCCAGUUCCAGAACCUACUGAAAUGGAAAUUGAGGAUGUAGAAGAUAGUCCGGUAGAGUGCGUACCUACUAAUGGGCUGUUUAUACCGCCGCUGCCUCUGGACGACCCUGUAAAACCGCCAGAACCACUAUUACCACAAGAAUCUUGUGCAAAACCAUCAGAACCACUAUUAUCAAAAUCAACAACAAUAUCUGAGGAUUCAGAUUAUCAUUCUCAAGAAUUACAAUUUUCUGAAGCAUUAGAAGACACUACAUCGCCUACUUUACGAGCGAAUUCUCCGUCGUUAUCCGAAUUGGAGAAUAUGAAAAAGCAACUGCUUGUAGAACUCCAGAAAUCAAACUCAGAUAUUUCAUCAAAAAGCAAUUCUUCGAAUUCAGUAUCAAAAUCUGAUAUGCCACCACCUAGUAAUGAGAUUACUCCAGAAUUAAAUCGUAUCCGUCAAAAUGGAAUUAAUACAAGUCAUGGAAGUGUGAAGUCUAUUGACUUUGGUACGCCUGUAUUACAGAGUACGUCUCCGUAUAACAAAUUGCCACCAUCUGAAAAAUUUUCAAAGAAUAUUUGCAAUUUAAUUAAUUUUGAGAACUUACCUGAUUCGACAGGUAAGUAUGAACAAAUGACCGGGGUUUUGCAGAAAGUAAGACAUACAUUAGCAAAGCUUCAUCAAGAAUAGUUGUAUCUCAUUAUAAUUCAUGAUUGAAAAAAUGAUCAUAUUUUAUAAAUGAGCAAUAAUUCCAUUUUCUGGGAAGGUACAGAGAUAUAAAUUUCAUUUGAUAUAUUAUAUUUCUAAUUAAAAAAAUGACAUAUAUUUUUAUCUGUAGUUAGUCCAAAAUAUAUGGCAUUUUUUAACAUAAAUCUUAUGUUAGGAAACGUACAAACAACAGAUUUAUUCUCUAUUGUUAUACUUAUCUUUCGGAACAAAAAAUACACCUAGUAUAUUUUAUGCAAUCUUCGAUUUCCCCUUUUAAUCCUCAAUAAUUAAUGAACAAAUUCAAAGUUUCAUUGGCCUUUAAUCAUUAUAGAAGGCACAUUAAAAUUUUUCACAUAAUGAAUUUAUGUAGGAGGGCGGGCCUUGGAGUAAAAUCCAAUGGUCCUUUUAAUUGAUCUUUCUACUUAUGUCUGGAAAACGAAAAAGCUUAUAAUUUUAAACAAAAUUUCAUAAUGUCUUACUUAUGAAAAGUACAAAUACAUACUAUUUUUCUAUUAAUUAGUGGCAUUUUCUCACGUGAUACAUUGUGACUGAACAUAAACCAUUUCAUAUUCAUCAAAAAACAUUUCGAACUUUAUUUUCUUGUGAAUUAUACUUACCACCAUACAUUGCACAUUUCUUCUGCAUGUCCAGUUCGUUUUAAAAUUGGUAAAUAUUUUUAUCCAUUUAUGAAAAUAUAUAAAUUCAAUAUAUGCAUUUAAAACAUUUGUUCUAUUAUCGUAACUGUCUAUGCAUAAUUAUUUUCUUUAACAUGUUCGCAACCACGCGGCAUGUGAAACAUCUAUCUAUUUUAGCUUCACUAGUCUUACACACUAUGCCACACAUUUUCAUUUAUGCACAUACACAAUAUGCUAAACUAAAUAGACAGAGCAAACAUUAUAUGAUAUGACACAGACGUGAUACUAGUUUCUAGCUAUAAAAUUCAGAAUUUAUACAUUUUACUUAUUUAUGUAAUUUGAAAAUAAAAAAUCAUAUCUGUCACAGUGGUCUCUUAGAAUAGUAUAUACAUCAUACAUACAUACAUAUGCACACACACACAUAUAUUAUGAUGGUAACAAACGUGUUAAUAAAUAAUUGAAUAAUUAAUUUUCUUUACUUAUCGAUAUCUGUUGCAUGUUUUAUACACACACACAGAUUCUAUAAACAUAGAAUUGAAAUUGAAAUUAUUGUUAAUUAAAGAAUUUAUUUUUGCUAUUUUUAUAUGGAAAUUUUCAUUCAUGUUUUCUAAUUAGAAGGUUAAUAAUAGCAAAAAGUUUAUCAAUUCUAAAAGAUACUGUGUACAUAUGUAAAUAAGGAAAGGAAUGUCUUGUGUUUUGUAAUAAUUAUAACAAAAUACUAACAGAAGCACGUCAAUGCUAUAUUUAAUGUGUAUGUCAUUUAUUUUCCUCUCUAAAAUAUUCGAUUAUUUCUAACAUAUUUGCAUAGUACAAAACGUAAAUGACGUGAGAACAGAAUUUGAUUUAAAAACAAAAAUUGAAAAAUAUUACUAAAACUAUAAUUUUUAAAGCUAAUCUCUUAUAUUCUCGAUGUACACGAUGUCUGAAAAUAAUUUGUCACGAGCAUCGUAGGGUUAUUCUAUUGUGAAACUCUAGCUCGGUGAAGAUUUACGAAAAAGGUAGCGGCAAGAUAGCGGUAUUGACUUUGAUCUUGAAUUUCAAGGUCGAAUUUUUGUACUGCAUCAUAUUUUACUCGUUAUAAGGAUUAACCCUUUGCACUCGAGAGAUGAUUCUCAGUCGCUAUGGCGUUCCGUGUAGCAACUCGAAAGGAGAGUGAGAGGCGACAGUCCCUGUUUAUGCUAGAUUUCGACCUCUCCAAUUGAUGAGAACACAGUAUUGGUUCGUAAAUAGAUUCCUUAGCUCUUUAUAUUGUUUGUUACGAAGUGUGAAGUGUUACACUUUAAGAUGGAGAUGAAAUACUUAUGCUCAAAUCCUUCUAAAACUAUGGUUCUGGUAACGUCUCCGACGUUAGUUCAGAUUCGACGAUCGUGCCAGAAGUAUUAUAGUUUUGUAAAUCUAGAACCUCUAAAAAAAUGGAUUUGGAAAUUUCUUUAAUUAAUUCAUAUAUUCUAUAAAAAAGCAAAAGAACGAAAGGCCGCUGAACCACCUGCGAUUUAUAAAAACUUUAGUAGACCAGUUGAGAGGAGAUAUUCGACUACCGUGAGAUCAAGCUUCAACGUCUGCUGCUAAUUGUGAUGAAAUUCGGUUAAAUGGAGAGCUCCAUGUAAUUUUAAAAAAGGAUUGUAAGGUGUGUUCUUACCGAAACAAAGCAGAAAAAGACACGAAACAACUUAUUAUUGCGAUACUUUUGCCGAUAAGCCAAAGAUGCAUCUUGAUACAUGUUUUGUAAAUUAUCGUAAAACAAAUACAGAAAAAGUAUUAAAAAAUGAUAUGUUUAAAGAUGUAAAUAUAUAUAGAUUAUUAAAAUAUAAUGUUUUUUAAGUUAA